CUAAAUUAUCAAGAUCCUUGGAUUUAAAUAUUCUAAAUAUUUGAUACAUCAUUGAAUAGGCUUGUUUUGUAAUUUUAGUUAUAUGUGCAGAAAAGGAUAGAUCUGUGUCUAUUAAUAUUCCAAGAUCGCGAACACAAUUCUCUUUCUUGAUUGGUUGUCCAUCUAUAAAAUAUUGUUGCUUAUCAUUAUUCUUACCUAUGUAUAGGCAGAGGCAUUUAUCUAUAGAAAUCCUUAAUCCAUUAUUCUUAGCCCAUUUUUCAAUAAUUAAAAGAGAUUCUAUAAGCUUAUUUCUAUUGUUAUCAUUGUUAUGUUCUACAUACAGUUUAAUAUCAUCAGCAUAUAUUUUAACAUUAACACCCUUAGGCAGAUGUUCAGGUAAAUCGUUAAUAAAUAUUACAAAUAACAAAGGGCCAAGUACACUACCUUGAGGAACACCAGAAUGAAUGGGAUAUUCUUCAGAAAAGUCUUGCUCAAUUCGGACUUUGAACUUUCUAUUGUUCAAAAA